AUGAGCUUGAUAUGGGACAUCCGCACUGUUCUUGCCUCUGAGGCACUUUCCACAGUCAAUCAAUCCGAUCCCGAAUCAGCGACGACAACCAGAACAACAGCCGAGCUCGAGCCGAUAGAUGUGUGGAAUUACUUGGUCAGUCUAAGUGAAGAUGAGACAACCAAAAACUCAGAAUCAUCGGACGACCACGUCAAACUCACACACUUCAAAGAUGCCGACUUUGAUCACAGUUGGGAUGCCCGCCCGGUUCAUCUCGGCGACGGCGCGUCUUAUUCUGUUGAUAAAGUCACUCUGCGCAUCAAAAGAGAUGACGGAAAUCCUAUCAUUGUUGCGGUUAAAAAGAUCAACUUGUUUGGCAAUUCUGAGUCCCGAAGUGAUUGGAGUGCCGCUACGAGACAUCGCUCUGUCGCGACGGUGUUGAAGGAGCUCCGCAUUCUCGCGAUUCCAUCCAUCGAGGAGCAUUUGAAUAUUGUGUCUUUGUUGGGAUUUAGAUCUGAGUAUUCGUCGACAUCCCCUCAGAACAGCACCAAUGUCUCCUUGGUCAUGGAAUAUGCCUCACACGGAACUCUUCGGGACUUUUGCAAAAGCCACUCAGAUGAUGGGACCUUCGAUCUAGUAGCUAAGGCUCGAUUCAUGCAUGACAUUGCCAGCGGGCUAGCUAAGUUGCACAGUUGCGGCAUUGCCCAUGGAGAUAUCAAGUUAGAGAACACCCUUGUGUUUGACGGGAACAAAGGACAGCUGAUAGCAAAGCUUUCUGACUUUGGGCAUUCGAUUCUCGAUCUCUACGAUUCUGAAGAACCGCAGGGAGUUUAUCUUGGAACACCGCUUAUGAAUGCUCCUGAGGUGAGAACUAGACGUUAUGCUCUCCAUCAUGCACAGGACUUCUUUAAAUGCGACAUCUUCUCGUUCGGCUUGUUGAUAUGGGAGCUUUUGCUAGAUGGAAAACAUUACUUCACUACACUGCAAGGCGCUGAGGAUGCAGAUGAAAGCACUGAUAUGAUGGCACAUCUAUGCAACCUCCCAAAAGACGAACUUCUUCUCCAGAGUCUGAAAUACUUGCAAGGGUUGUCCGAGAAGAAUCAGGCUCCCCUGUUUCAACUUAUCAUCCGCACUUUGCAGGCUUCGCUGAGGGAUGAUCCCGAGCGAAGGCGUGGUAUCGAGGUCAUUCUGGCCGGGUUUAGACAGCACAAGGACUUGACUAGGGAUGAUUGGAUGAGGCAAGGCAUGAGCUCGUUCACACUCGGUUCACUACCAGAUCAGGCCCCUGGCUCGAGUUCAGGAAAGGCUUUGACGACCAGAUCGGCUAUUCCCCGAAUGCCACGUAUCAUCCAAGUCGACUUUGUGGACCAACUCCUCCGCAUCUCAAGGGAUGCUUCAUCGCUAACCGAAAAGCGGACUGCUCUCUUCGAACUAGCUAUGUGCUACAUUCACGGGGUUGGUAUGGAGAGACCGGACUUGAGCAAAGCACUUGACCUGCUUACGGAGUCUGCGCAGCUUGAGAGUGCAAAAGCUCUUGGGCUUAUCUUUCGACUUUCCGAUGUCCUCGGAGUCGAUCUCCCACCUCACUUGUGGCAAAUACCCCAUCAGCUCGUUGGGGUCGAAAAGGAUCUAUCAGGCAUCAAAGGCGAUGACAACUUUGUCAGGCGUCUUCGUUUACACGAGAGAUGCAAACAGCGAGAUACCUUGAAUCGUUCUUUCGACAUCCUACACGAGGGCAACCCCAUAAUCGAAGGCAUAUGCUUGGAUCGUGUAGAAGAGAGUCUGAAACGUUUGACUUUGAGAGACAUCAGAUUCGAAGAUUUAGAGUGUAUCUCUCAGGUAGAGGACUAUGAAAGUGUACCAACGCGAGAGAAUCUCCUCAGUGUUGCUGUGCGCCAGGGUUUCAAGCCUCUAGUCGACUUUCUUUUACCUUCAGAGGCCUCUGGAUCAAUCAAAUCCAGGAUGAUUUGGACGGACAGUCUGCUUACGAUUGCCUGUCAGGGAGGUCAUCUCAAUAUUCUCGAGCUCCUCCUCUCAAGGGAUGUGCCAACGCGCCUCACCGAGAGCCAUCCCGAAACACCCUUCCACUGGCUGAGUAUGUUUGAGCCUGAAGAGGUCGAGUCUGCCAUGUAUUUGCUUUUGAGCAACAACAAUCUCAAAGACGAUCUCAAAGUCAGCGUGCUUAGCCCUGGAAUUGAAGUAGGAAACUGCUCGUUUCUGGGCACCGCGCUCGAAUUCGCUAUUGCCGCGAACAAUGGUCCACUAGUUGACCUGUUCAUCAAGCGCACAUCGAAAAGUUCCUCCAACUACCAGCUCCACACAAUUGGAUGGACUCAGAACACCUUUUCUUUGGCCUGCUCACUGCAUCUUCAUGGCUUGAUUCCGAAAUUACUUGGCCUAGAAGAGAACUACCGUACGACACAAUGGACAACCUCAUCGGCUCAGUCAUCUAGUCUCUUCUGUCUCCUCUGCCCCCAUGACGCUCUACUACCACUAUUGGUCCAUGGCCAGAUGUCGCGAGUUGCACUCGACUCUACGAUUGACCUACUGAUUCAGAAUGGGGCUUCUUGUGCUGAAGAGGAUCAACGUGGGUCAUCCAUACUCAUGAAAGCCUUGAGCGCUGCACCGUGCAGAUUCACUACGGAUCUGCUGCUGGCUCUGAUCGACCGCGGGGCACGUUGUACACUUCUCGGAAAAGAAGCGUUGAUGAAUGCCGUCUUACGCAUCUGCAAAAGGGAAGACCGCGCCGGACCGGCCAUAGUGAAGCUUUUGCUAGAAAAAGGGGUGCUCUCGCCAACUAUUGACAAUUUGUCGGUCGCUUUGGAGCAAGGCAACACGGCUGUGGCAUCCGUUUUUCUUGAUUUCGAAAGUGAGGGGAAAAGAAUCGACGCCAAAGAUCCUUUCGUAGCUGGUGACGUAUCGUUUUCCUUACUUUUCCUCACAACACCAUCCAGAAAUGCAUCUACUGUCGAACUUCUCCUUGAUCAUGGAGCCGACAUCAAUUCCAAGUGGGGGGAACGAACGCCCCUGGAAGCGGCAAUCAGUUUGGAGAAGUGCGACGCUGAGACCAUUGAUCUCUUAAUCGCGCGAGGCGCGACUCUAGCAUACGGCAGCUUCUCCCUGCUACACCGUGCAGCUUCAUUGGCUUCCCGGGUCAAUGGUCACCAUGUUCUGUUUCAUCUCCUCAAAAACCCACAGAUCAGGAAAUUGAUAAACACCACGACAAACUUCGAUGAUGAAAACUGCGGUAUCACGCCUCUCAAUAUAGCUGUCUAUUCCGGAAAUCCUGGCGCUGUUCACGCCCUCCUCCAAGCCGGAGCUCUUGUCGAGACAGGAGACGCGCUAGAUCGGAUUUUACGACUCGCGGUUAACGUUGGCCGACGUCCCCAAACCAGUCCUUUGUGGGAAAAGAAAACCAUCAAUGAAGAGAGUCUCUACAAGUGGCGCUUAGACAUGGAGAAUAUCAUCAUUACCCUUCUGGGUAAAGGAAAUCCAGGUCACGGGCGGUGUAGUCUUCACAUUGCCACUGAGUUGAACAACCGACCAAGAGUUAUAGAGCUAGUCGAGCAUCACGGCUAUCGAAUCUUUGUUAGAGAUAAAGAAAAGCUCCUGCCUACAGCAUACCUAGAAGACUUAGACAGUUUGAGUGGGGAUGGAGACGCACCAGAGUACCUGGAAAACUUGCGACUACUCAAGGAGUACAUUGAAACUAAGUUACUUGAAGAAAUAGCUCGGGAUUUAGAGAAACCAGAUUUCAUCAAGAAGAUGCUGGAGGAUCUCUCAGUCGAGGACGACGCAGACCUUAGCAAUGAGGAUGCGAGAGUCACUUUUGAGAAGGCUCUCUCAAAACUUGAGACCGAACGGAACGAAAUCCGUCUGUCAUUAGGUGAUGGAUUCGAGACACCUUUGGAAAGGGAAACGGAUUUAAGAAAUUCUCUUGAGACGCAAAGACAAAGACUGGGAGCCACACAUCUUACAACUUUGAAGACCGCGACUACUCUCUGCGACUUGCUCACAUUGCUUUACAAGUUUGAUGAAGCUGCACUGCUCAAUCAAGAAAUCCUCAAAGGGAGAGAGGCCCAACUGCCUUCGGAUAGCCCGGAGCUCUUCGAAUCUUUGCUAGAUAGGGUUUGUGUCUUUGCAGGUCAAGCGAAGACUCGGGAAGCCCACGAAGAUGCUCAGAGCAUUCACAAAAGGGCAGUCGACACGUUCGGGAUCACACAUCCCCUGACGCUCAAAGCAGAAGCCUUUCUGGCCUGUACAUAUUCCAUUCUUGGGCAGUUCGACCUUGCGAUAUCCAUGGCAGAAGGAAUCUUGAAGGCCUACGACAACCACGACUUGGACGAAGACGAAAAGUUCGAGGGCUAUAGACACUCCUUGCUCGAGCUGAGAUGUAACCUUGCGGUUGACUACUGCAGAGCCCAAAGAUUCAACGAGGCGGCAGGAAUAGCGAGAGCCUUGCCAUCCUCGCUUCUUUAUGUAAAAAAAGGAGAGUUCUUCCGCACAUUCGACGCAAUCAUCAACGUUGCUGACAAUUUCGAAUUUUAUCAGCGAUUUGAGGAUUCCGACUCUGUCUAUCGCUCCAUAAUCAAGAUGUGCAUCAAGACGCAUGGGAAAAAGAACGCGUACUGCACCCGACUUACUUUAGAGAAGCUUGCAAACAGCUACCAGUCUCGGUGCUUGUGGAAGCAAGAGUCAGAGACGCGCCAAACGCUGGUUGAAGUUCUUAAAUCGGCAUCGAGCGCGGCCGAUCACGAAGCAUCAACUCAGAUGAUCAACUUGGCCAUCUCAUUGAAGAACGAGCAUCGGUUGGUUGAAGAAAGCGUCGUUCUCGAACAGGUUCUUGAGGGGUAUGAACUCUGUCUCCAGCCUGACCUGAUGGACAUUUCCCGUGUCAAGGUCAUGCUGUGCGUGAAUCUUAGGAAACAGAAACAAGUCGACCGGGCGGAGCAAUACGGGCGUGAGGCUCUUGAGGAGUAUCGAGCUCGCCUCGGUCAAGAGCACGAUACAACUAUUAUUGCUCAAUACGCGCUUGCCUCAAUCAUGCUUAUCUCACAUCAAGACAAGGUUCAUGAUGCUGUUCAGCUUCUACAACAGAAUGCGGACAUCGUGGCUCGCAAGUUUGGCGAAGUCCACCCAGAGACUAGGGCUGCAACUUUGCACCUGGUCAAUGCCUAUAUUAUGGCCAAACGCUUUGAAGAGGCCGAGGAGGCAGCACACCAGUGUCUCAAGAUCAGCGGCACGGUCCCGGAGUCCAGCAAAGCUUUGGAGCAAGCAUAUCAUUAUCUCGGAUACGCCAAAGAGCUUCAAGAUGAACUGGACGAAGCGAGUACGUUUUAUAGAGCCUCUAUUGAAAUAGGGCUUGACAGUCGCGAUGGGGUGCACUCUGAUGAUUCAAUAUAUACCAUGAGGCUCUUGGCAGCAAUUCACGUUGGGAACAAAGACUUCCAAGAAGCUGAGACUCUUUUGCUGGAGGUCUUGGCAGCGUCGCCGCAGGUCUAUGGGACAACCCGCCCUGACAUGGCCUGUCGCGUCCAUCAUCUACUGGGACAGGUUUACGGAAGUACCGAUAAAGCCCAAGAGUCCGUCGAGAACCAUAGCUUAGCAGUAGAUCUGGCUCGUGAAGCGCUCGGCGAAGAUGCAGAGGAGACUAUGUGGUUUACGGAGAGCCUCAUCAGUGCAAAGUUGGCGACUCAGUCGUUUCGAGAGGCACUCCAGCUUGCUGAAGAGCUCCUGGCACAUGCCGAGGAAGAACUCGGCGAAUUCCACGAACUCUCACUCGCAGUCAAGCAAAGCCUUCUCGUCAUCUACCAAAAACUAGGAAUGUGGCCAGAGUCAGAGCGCCUCCAUCGGGAAUUCCUCCACUCUUUCGAAGAAACUGGGGUUGAGUCCCCCGACGAAUAUGCCUUUCUCUAUCGAUCCCUAUCAAAUGCAUGCACCAAGCAAGGCUUCCACAGAGACGCAGAAGUCUUCCUUUCGAAAUUCUGGGAUUGGUUUCAAAACAGCGAACCAGACCAAGAAGAAGAAACGGUCGAGGUUAUGGCCGAGUUGGCACGAGCUUACGCAAGAACGGGAAAUUUUGACGUCGCGAAUCAGUUCAUAUCCCGCAUGCAGGCCAUAAGCGAGUCUCUCUUUCCUGACGAUGACUAUGAUUAUGAAGAUAAUCGGGACAUUCUUUGCGCAUCUGCGCGUGCAGAUGUCAUGUUCCUGGCCUGUCAACGGGAGCAAGCUGCAGACUUGAAGCAGAAAUACGUGGACCUUCAACCCACCGACUUGGAUGCGGUACUCGCCUUAUUAGACAUGUACGAGACAACAGGCGAUUAUUCUAAAGCGGCAAAGGCUCUGCCUUUAGCCAUUGGCGCUGCUUGGAUCCUCAAGACGCAGUCAAGCCCGGAGGUUCACCAAGUGGCGAUCGCCAAGGUUGCUACUUAUGAUUCAAGGAUACAUACAGCAAUAGGCGAUUUUGAACUUGCCCAAGAACAGGCUGCAUUGGCAGUAAAUCGGGCAUCAAAGUGGGAUCUCGGCAACUUCACCUACGCUGAAACAUAUCGAAACGCUCUCCAAGCCAUGAUGACGUUGUAUGAGACACUCGGACGGGACAGAGAGAGGGAGGAGACAAGACUUAAGCUUAUGAAAGAACUUCGCCGACAGGAAGAAGCCAGGGACAACCACUUGGAUGGAUUGGCACGAGACCGGGCGAAGGUAAAAAGCUUUUUGACAGGAAUGCUUUCAGUAGAACAUCCUUAG